AUGAACGACUAUCCCUAUAAUACAAAAGAAGGUAUUGUUAGCAUUAUUUUCUUAGCUUCUAGAACGAUCAGCCAGAAUGGAGUGGAAACUAUUCUGGCUCUUGAGAAUGAAAACGUUAAUAUGGAAUGCACAACGGAUAUGCCGAUGAGAUAUUGUGGAAUAGUGCAUCCCAAUGGAAAGCGAUAUUCGCUUACAGGGCCGACCACCUACAAUGGGAAAUGCUCAAUAAAAAUAAAAGCAAGGACGAAUGACACAGGAACGUGGCGAUGUCAUAUGGGAAGCCGAUCAGUUGGCGUGGAAACGAUGAAGGUCAUUCAGCUCAGAGUGGUAGGCCAUAUCGCAGCAGUCGAGUCAAAUAUCACGGCUGUGCAUGGAAAGUCAAACACAUUGUACUGUACCACUACUAAAGGGUUCAUACCUUUGAGUUACUGUCGGUUUGAACCACCAAAUGCCCUGCCGUUUAGUAUAGAUUCUAGUGUGACGGAAUCGAACCCUCUUCUAAAAAGGUAUUAUUUUCCAAAUAACAAGAGUUUAGACCGUGGAGAUUGUGCAGUGACCAUUAGGAAAGUGAAAUAUGACGAUUUUGGCACAUGGACCUGUGGUGCUGGUUUGGAAGACGGCCACGAGUACACUGAUUUCAUUAAUUUCAAAGUUGAAGGUUUAUACACAGUGCCAAACUCAUCAGCCACAGGCAUCACGUUCGGAGUAAUUGCCUUUAUAGUCUUCUUAUGCAUACUGGGACUUUCGGCGUGGAGGUAUCAAUGGUUUCUCGGCAGCAUUCGAAGACGUGAAGAGACUAUAGAAACUCAUGAACUCGGACAAAUGCGAACAGAGGCUACACCUAGCCGGACACCUUCAACUCCUCAACCAGGAAGAGCAAUUCCGUCAGUCGUUAUUGAAUCGCCAUCCGAACCUGGAACGACCACACCCCUUGUAUCCCCUGAAGACAGUGAAGUCCGGUAA